AAAAGCAAGUUGAAAUUAAAAAUUGAAGCUCACUCUCGGCUGGUUCGCUUUUAGUAUUUUAAACAAAAAAUUUUAAUCAUACCUGUAGCAUAAAAAUAAUAUGGGUACUGCGGACACGGAUAAGACACCGGCAGCCGAGUUGUUGUCAGCUGAUGCGCGCAGUCAACGCGCCAAGCAACGUGCAUUUUUCAAACGGCGGGCCACACAACUUGGCAAUGGUCCCAACAAUUGGAAACUCUGCACAGAUUUGCAGCGUCACUGGAGUCGACGCAGAGUGCGACGUCUCUUUACUACGGACAAAGUUAACAGCAAAGCGUGGCAUCUGCAACAAAAGGGGAAUAAUCCAAAGCAACAAGCACAUUGCAGCUAUUUGUAUAUGCUGGUCAGCUUACUCCUAGUGCUGGUCAUAAGCUGUGCUCUGUAUAAGAAUAAUGACGCCUUAUCUCAGUUUAUGCAACGUUACUCCAGUCAGUAUCAGGCCAUAGUGCAUAAUAAUCUGAAUUACUGUAACCGCAGCAUACCGUUGCGCAUUAUGUUUGGCCAUAUACGCGGCAAUGUGCUCAAUCAGGAUACAGCGCUGCAGCAUCUGCAACAAGCGCUGGCCAAUCAGUCAUCCUUGCAGACCAUAGCACUGGUGGGGUCAAGCGGCGUGGGAAAGAGUCUGACGGCGCGCGUGCUGGCUGAGCAGUAUCCCUGGAAAGAGAAUGUGCAGCUGAUAGCCUGGAAUGACUUUAAUCUGUUGGACGAGGAGGUGCGCUACCAGACGCUGACAUCUGCAUUCGGACGUCUGGCGCAUUGUGGACGCAAUUUGCUCAUUAUAGAUAACAUGGCUAUGUGUGAUAUGGAGUAUGUGGCAGCUAUAAAUCGCUGGCUACAUGCACGCAACGAUGUGGCAUCAAAUGCCGAGGAGACUAAUGCGGAUCUCAAGUAUUUAACUAUUCUGUAUAUAUUCAAUCUCAAUCGCAUGUUAACCGAUGAAGAUUACAACAAACAGCUGGAGGCACUGCAGCAGCUGCCACAAACAACAGUUGUCAACUACCGCAGCUUUCAAUUAAAGGAUCUGGAGCGGUGCAUACAACACGAAUCGCUGCUCGAAGGACUGGAGCUCAGACAGCAGGAUAUACAGGAUAUGCUCAACAGCAGCGAUGUGCGCAACUCUGGCUGCAAGAACGUGCGUGCCAAGGUGCUCAUGUAUGGCCAGCCGCCGCAUCCUAAAGAAUCACACAUCAUAGAGAACUAAUAAUCAAGACUGACGACAAACCUAGGCAUCUAAUGCCACAAAUCCUAGAUCUAGACAUUUAAAUUCAAGUGACAAAAUGUACAAAGCAAGCACUAAACAGAUAUAUAUAUACAUAUAUAU